AUGAAAGAGGCUCGAAGUGGAGUCAGCACCUCCACAACAGCAUCCUUGGCGGCAGAGUCUAGUGACGCCAUGUUUGCCAGAGGAGACGAUGGUGAUCGAGAAAGGUUUGUUCGGGAAGAGGUCCCUUGCAUGUGGUGCUGCUCGGCUCACUGCUCCAAGGAUUUCGUUCCGCAGCUGUCCGCAGUGCCGCGUGUGCCCAGUCGAGACAUUUGCCUGGGGCUUGCCGACCUCACCAACAUCCAGCCGAAUUUCAACGGAAUCUGGCCAGGGACUUGGCACGAACAUAGCCGUUCUGAUGAUUCUCGCGCCAUGUCUUUUCUAGAUAUGUAG